AGUUUCUCUUUUUUCUCCUACAAAUCUAGAAUAAGAAAAAUCAUGAUCCUGUAAAUAAACAUACACGAUUGAUGUACUACAACAGUAUAUGUACAAAACGCUAUGACAGGAUCUGUUUUAGUAUGUUCCUGUUGUUGUUGUUGUUGUUGUUUCUACCAAAUUUCCCCCCUUCUUAUCGACAUCAGAUUUGUCCCCCUCCUCCCCCAAUUCGGAUUGCAUCAUCAGCUCCGUGGAGUUCCACCACGACUACCCCCUUCCUCAACCAUGACUGUCUAUUUGCCCUCGUCUGUACCUUCAAGUACGCAGCAUCGUCAAGUGCAAUUCCUCAGAUCCAGGCAGAUUGUACUCCGUAUUAUCUGACAGAUGAAGAUAAUCCCCCAAAAAUACUAGGCCCAUCCCUGUUCUGAUUGUUAAUAAUCAAUCUAAUAACCCCUCCGACAGCUGGUGAGCUGUCGUCUCUCCAACGGAUCCCCCCAGGUCGAUCAUUUGCUUUUUGGACGGAUCACGAAUG